CGGACCGUUGAACCGGAGAGCGCAACAUCUCGCGAUGAAAGGGAAGUUACUCGCUGCUUCCACAUUUCAUAGCAACAACAAUGGCCGCUGUGCGAAGACUGGCCGUAGUAGUAAGCAGGCUGACAGGAUGGUCUGUCCCGCAAAGGGAUUUGCUUCGUUUCGGGGCAAAAAAUGAGAAGACAGCACGGGGAUGGCUUGCUGUUGGGGCUGGAGUCGUGACCGUGGGCGCAGGGGCAUAUUAUUAUUGGCGACAUGAUAGUAAAAAGAGAGGACUCAUGCACUACAUCAACGGCCGAGCCCUGCUUCCUUCCUUGCCCGCUGUAGAAGCUAAGGAAAAGGGCCGCCCAUUUGACUUUGAGGAAGGAGAUGUCUACAUGUCAUCCCAUGAGCACCGUUUCCGCCUCUUCAGCUCCGUGGAGUAUGAGGGCCAGCUCUACAUGACUCCACAGAACUUCAUUGAAUCUGUCACCAUGAGUGAACCCAGAAGCAAGAAACCCUGGCGGUCCCUCACUAAACAGGAACUUGAGAAGAUCCUUGGUGACACUCCCCCUGUGUGGAAAGGAACAUCAAAACUUUUUCGAAACCUUCGUGAGCGAGGAAUCAUCGCUUACACCGAGUAUCUCUUUCUGCUCUGCAUCCUGACAAAGCCACAUGCUGGGUUCAAGAUUGCCUUCAACAUGUUCGAUGCUGACGGGAACCAAAUGGUUGAUAAGAGGGAGUUCUUAGUGCUACAGGAGAUCUUCCGUAAGAAGAAUGAGAAGAAAGGAAGAAAGGGAGAUGCGGAAAAAUCAGCUCAGCUGAGUAUGCAGCUCUAUGGAUAUCAGGUUGCCCCAGUGACCAGCGUGCUUAAAAAAGAGGGUCAGGAGUUUGCACCCAGGAGCUACUGGGAUGUGCUGAGACGCAGCGCGAGUCAAGCUCUCUUUUCUGACCUGGCAGAGCGUAUAGAUGAGAGCUUGAUGAUUGACACGACACUGUUGGUGCAUUUCUUUGGAAAGAAAGGCAAGGCAGAGCUCACCUUUGACGACUUCUACAGAUUCAUGGACAAUCUGCAGACAGAGGUUCUGGAGAUUGAGUUCCUGACCUACUCAAAGGGCAUGACCACCAUCAGCGAGGAGGACUUUGCCCGCAUCCUGCUGCGAUACACCACUGUGGAGAACAUCAGCAGCUACCUCGACAAUGUGCGACAGAGCAUCCCUGAUGAGAAGGGAAUCACCUUUGAGGAGUUCAGGUCAUUCUUUCAGUUUCUAAACAACCUGGAGGAUUUCACAAUCGCAAUGCAGAUGUACAACUUUGCCAGCCGCUCUAUUGGACAAGAUGAAUUUGCCAGAGCGGUGUAUGUGGCCACGGGCCUGAAGCUGACCCGUCACCUGGUGAACACUAUUUUUAAGAUCUUUGACGUGGACCAUGAUGACCAGCUGAGCUACAAAGAAUUCAUUGGCAUCAUGAAGGACCGUCUACAUCGUGGAUCACGGGGCUACAAGACUGUGGAGCAUUUCACUUCCUUUAGGUCAUGUUUGAAGAAGGAGCUGGCUGCCAGUAGGUGAAAAGCCACACUACUGGUUCCUUCUCCAUGUGCAUUCGUUCUGAAGCUGGGAAGCAUGUUCGCCAGCUCUGGAAGAGAUUCGAGGAGAAGGCUUAAGAUGGCGGGAGAGGAGUUGAAAAGGGAAGGAAUGAAAGGCCAGAGGACACCAAGCAUACGGGACACAAAACAACUCACAUGAAAUACACUGAGACGCCUGCAAUACUUACACUUAAAGACUGCACUACAGAGAAUAAGGCUAGUUUACAUUAUAAGUUUGAAUAUCGGCUGUACAGACUUAUGAGGUUGAUUGGAAAUACUAGUAUUUUUUGUAGGGGAAACUGGGUAUGAUUUUACAAAGAAGGCAAAAAAAGCAUGCUUAAUUGUGUUGCUUGUGUAAGCAAACAACAAACCAAGUUACAAGUUGUAGCACACUCCACUCACUGUAAGACUUGUAGCCAAGUAGCAGUGUACCACAUGUUAAACACGACAACGUCUUAAACUAAGAUCUUUCUGCACCACAGAUGAGGUUUUAAACAUGCAUGGCCCUUUCUAGGCAGUAUAUGAGAACUGCCUUCAGCCAUUGUUAUAGCAGAUACAAUAGUAUUGAAUAAUAAACAGUUAAGUUUUAUAGUUUUAUUCUCUGGACAGUAAUGAUAAUAUACCGUAGACUAUUGCAUGUGGGUAUAAAUGAAAGCUAUCUCCCUUUGUUGACCAUUUGCAUGCAGUUACAAACAGAAUCUAGUGACCAGUUGUACCCAGGCAACCCCUAUGAGAGUCCUUUGGAAUAUGGAAUUUUAUCAUCUGAGUUCACUCUGGUCUCAGCCUUUGCCUUUAGGCACUUUAUAUAACAAGAAUAACACAAAAUAUUUACAUUUUUUAAAUAUAUAAAGUUUUCUUUUGAAAUAGUUUUCAGUAUGUGAAAUUACACAUUAUGUUACUGAAAAAUAUGAUGUAGCGCAACGUGAUCAAGAAGGUUUUAUUGUUGUUCAUAUUUUCUCCAUCCUAAAAACUGGAAAUAUCUUUGGUUUGACACAUUCCAUUUUAUACAUGCAUGUUGUAAUCUGAACUAUAUCAGCAUUUAAAGAUUUUUUUUUUAUUUAACAUGAAGAUGGCUAGAUAAAUUAUAGAGUAGGUUAUUUAAUUUGAUAUUGCCCAGGAUAUGCAUGAUAGUGAAGAACAGCAGAUAUUUCCACCGUCAUGCUUCCAAGCUACUGUUACAUCUUAUAUUUUGUCCCUGAAUACCAAAAUGUCUUCAAAUUUAUUAAUAGUAAUGAUUUUAAAUGAUGCAUUAUUUAUUUGUAUGUAUACCAGAUUAAGUUUCUGAAUACAUCAUAUGUAAGAGCAAGAAGGAUGUUGACAGAAAAUAUAACAUAAACUGUCCCCAGCAUAAAUCAA